AGGCUAUAUAAUAAUGUUCACGCCAAUGACAGUCUGAAACCGGGUCUUAACCCGUAAGAACAAGACGUGAGAACAUUUCAGAAAUUUAUUGAAAAAAAAAGAAGAACAUUACAGAAAUUGAAGAAAAAAAAAUAUUUGGGUCCAACAAAAAGAGAUGGACCACCAGUGGUCCUUGUAUGGAUUAGUUUGUGUAAUAUUGUGGUUUUUUGUUCCAUCUGAAGCCAAAUUUAUCAGAUUUAAGCCUGGAUAUGAAUAUGAAUAUAAAUUUGAGUCCAAUGCACAAUUAACAGAUUACGGAAAUUUUAACAUAAAAGCAAAGAUCAGUUUUACUAAUAUUGAUGAAAAGUAUGGCUACCAGGAGAUUCUGUUACGAAUUUAUUCGUUUACCUUUUAUGCAAAUGAUCCAGAUGCGCCUGGACAUGAUAUGGACUUGAGUAAAUGGUUCUCUUUUGAGAUUACAUCUGACGGAAAAAUUUUACGUGUGUACCAUCCAGAAGAAGGUGAUGAUUUUGUCUUGGCAACUAAGAAAGGAUUUGCUGCUCUUCUGGCAUCAAGACUUCAUGAAGAAGGAGAAAUAUCUGGAAGUCAGUCACAUGCAGGUUUUACUUACCAAACACAAGAACUUGGCCAUGAAGGACCUCACAAUGCCACAUACACUGUUAAAGAAACAAGUACAGGACUGCAGUUUACUAAAGUACGACACGAGCCACUGGUUAAAAACGCUGGUGGAAAAUACCAAAAGGUGAUGCAUUACCACAAAGACCUUGAAGUUAUACACAGUGUCUUAAUAGAAGAAGAUUUCGUAUCACCUACUAGACCUUCUGCAAAGUUUAAUGCAUUGCAUGGAAUGAGGAAAAUUAAAGCAGUCAAUGAAUUCAGUUCCAUGGAAUUUCCUGAGAUGAAAGCCAUCAGUAAAGGAAGUCUAUCAUAUCUGACAAGAAGGUUUGAAAGAGAUGCUGUCACUAAACCAAUGCUUGGAUUAGAAGAAUCAACAAUCCAUGUAACCAAGAUGACAAGAAAAAUACCCAUGCUUGACAGGGCUAAAGCUUGGCAGUACAUCAAAGGGAAUAUAACCUGUAUGUGGACCCAGCCUGAAAAUGGUCGUACAUUGGUAGCAAAUGCUUGUUUCUUCAAGAUAGUCGAUGUACUGAAAUCAAUACCUGAAGACGAACUUGUGAAGCUUGCUAACUACUACUUCGUAGAACUGAAAUCAGAUCGUUCAAGGUAUGUAGGAGCAAUGAACAUCAUGUUGGAUGCCUUUGGAGUCAUCUAUACAAACUUCAGUGAGAACCUCCUGGCAGAUUAUAUUCUAAAGAGUCCUGAUCCUAAGCCUACACUUAUCUUAAGGCUGCUGACACACAUUGUAGGAAAAGACAAUCCACCACAUGAUAAUAUCAUAGCUGCAAUGGAAGACCUUGUAUUUAACAAAGAUAACCACCCAGAAGAAAUGUACAAAGAGGAUCUCCAUGAAAGGGUCUUGCUCUGUCUUGGCUCAGUGUCACAUAAGUUAUCAAAAGUGGGUCGAGAAGAGGAAGCUAUCAGCAUAACUGUACGAGUUCAUCAAUGGCUAGGAAUACAUGAUCCAUUUGAAUACAGAAAGAAAAGAGCAAUUCAGAGUGAACAGGAGCAGAUUGAUUACGACCAUUGGAGAGUGAUUCUGUUAGAAACACUUGGAAAUGCCAGAAUGGACUUCUCUUUUGAAUAUAUUGUAUCACAUAUCAACUCAACUAACUCAGCUUGGAUCAAAAGAGCUGGAGUUCAUGCUCUUAGGAAAUAUGAACAUGAAAUGGCUGCUGAUGAGAUGUAUAAAGCUGCCAUGUAUGAUGAAAAUGAUGAGGUCCGUUACGAGGCUUUAUUGCAGUAUCAGGCACAUCCUCAAGCAAGGAUUAUAACACCUUUAAAAGCGCGAGAAGAAGUUAAUGGAACUGGUAUUAUUGAUCCAUAUGAGUCUGGAAUUAUGGAAAUAGCACCUCAUCGCAGAGAAAAACGAGACUUGGGUUUUCUGGAAAAGUUUCCUAAGAUAAACUUUAGACUUGAGGCUCCAAGUGUUGAUUGGAGAAAAAUGUUGGGAUCUGAAUCUAUAGGUGCUGCAUUUGGUAUUAUCAUGUAUAACAUGCUGGAUCUGAAAAUUGAGCCGUUAAGUGGUCAUUUGAGAAUAAAUGUUCACGAUGAGGCCUAUGCCAGAGUACUACUUGGAAUUUUGGACUUCAACUUGGACUUCUUUGUAGCCAGACUUUGUUUUAAAGGAGGCACCCAGUACAAUCUGAAUAUUUUACAAGAAAAUGACAUGAAGAAGAUAGCUCAAUUGGCCACUCAGUUUGACAAGAAAGUGAAAGAGAUUGUUGAUGGUAUCGAAACAGGAGUGAGGUUGUUUAAAGACCUCAUUGGUGGUCAAAUAAGCAUCAAAGACAUUGUUAAUGAAUUCAUAGAUGCCUUGAAGGAGUUACCUGGCAAGGUUUGGGGUCUUAGAGACAAAGCAGCCAAUGUGAUGAAAAUGUUAGGACAGCUCGAUGAGGAAGAGUUACCUCCAUUUUUAAGACCACUCAGAAAUCUGAUUGUGAAAGUAACAACAGUCUUUAAUGAUGUUAAAACAGAUAUCAUGAACUUUUAUAAUACAUUGGUGCAGACUAUCACUGUUAUAAUUCCACAGAAUGCCAAAUUAAUCUAUGAAAGUAUCGUUGAUAUCAUUGAUGGUUUCAAGGUCAUAAUGAAAGAUCCUAAGACAGCUUUAGUUAAGAUUGGCAAAGGCGUUGUACAAAUUUUUAUGUCUAUAAAGGCCUUACUUGAUGCCAAGAAUAAAACGCAAGAAGCCUGCUUCUUUUUGAAAGAUGAAAAACCAUACUGGUGGGAUAUUACAACAGUUUUUGAGGAAAUUUGGGCUCUUUCACAACAAGCCGUAAAAGCCUUGGCUCAAGGUGGACCAAACUGGAUAGCAACUACUGUUAUUGAAGGAGACGAUCCUGUUGCAAAAUUCACUAAAGGCAAAGUUUCGCAGCAACAAAUAAAAGAACAGAUCAUUGAUAAUUUAACUAACAUUAUCGAUGAACUUUUGGAACCGUUUGAUGAUCUGAGAGGAAUGGCAGAUAAAUUCAUGAAAAAAUAUGGAGAUUUCUUUAGUCUAGUGAAAAAAGUGAAAGAGGCAUAUUCAAUACUGAAGGAAGGAUAUGAAUUUGGACAGUCUAUCAUUAACACAAUUUUUGGACCCAAAUGCCACAAGGACUUUCCAAGACUGUACAGAUUAGAUGCAGGGCCUUGCAGCGGAAAGGGUUUUUAUCCUUCAACGAUGGAAAAAGGUGGCCAAGCAGAAUAUGCUGUAGAAGGGGUGGACCUUGAAAUUGAUGUUGGAAAGAUAGUGAUUGCUCCAUUUCCUGGACUUGUUUAUAAGGGAGACAAUCCUGAUGAGGUCAUCAUUGAGGCAAACACAGCUGCCUUAAAGGGAAUAAAGAUUAUUAUAAAUGGUGUUAAAGUCAAUACAACUAUUCUGCAUAAAACAAACCAACUUUACAUUGAGAACAGGAUUGCUGCAGGAGCUCCCAUUGGUACUGCAAAACAGUCACCUUGUUAUCCGUUCAACAGUAUCCACUUUGCCAUGAUGAAAGGCAAUGGAACUGUCGAUCCUACUAAGUUCCUGUCUCCAAGAUUCUUUGAAGUUCCAAAGUGGAUACAAACAUGUGAUGACUACAAAUUAGUUUAUAAGUUUGAGACUAUAGCUGCUGGAGUAAUUGUGGGACUUGGUGGACAGGCUCAAAAUAACACCAGUCCAAAGUUAGACACAAGUAAAGUUACAGCACCUGCUGCACCGGCACCUAGUCAAGACCCAGGGGCAGAAGCAGACACCAUUAAAAGUAACCCAGAUGGAAUGUAUUCCAAAACUAAGGCUAAUGCAAACAACUUACCUGAUGACUCCAAAAACGGGAAGAAAGGUCCAUUUGCAUCCCUGAUGGCGAAAGCAGACAGCUUUAUGAAGAAGUUUUCUUUACGUAGACUGAAAAUGGGGACAAUAAUUGAGUUUUUAACCAAAUUGGGCAUGACCGACAGCAGAGCAAAGUUUGUUCAAGCUCUCAAAACUUUGCAGGCAAUAAUUGACAACAAGCCAUGUUUCAACCCACAUGAACUGACAGAUGAACAAAUCAAACAGACACUACAGGAAAGAGGGAAACCAAUCAAUGGAACUAGAGCCCAAAUGAUUAAAAGAAUUAUGGACCAGGAUAACCAAUGUCCAUUGAUGUCUUUCACAUUGCCAAAGAAAGUAUACUGUAUCUUCUCCAGUGAUUGUAUGGCUGUAGAAUGCUGCAUGAAUGUCAAAAUAUCCAUGUUUCUCAGAGUGGUUAAAGCUUAUGCUAAUUUUAACCCAUGUACUUUCAAGUUCAGCUACGGAUUUGAUGUGUUUAAGGGAGAAAUACAGCUUCCUAAACUAGAUUUUGAUGGUAUAGAGAAAAUAAUAAAUACUGGUAUUAUCUUCCCCAUACCAGUUAUUGGUGAUCUGGAAAUUGUAGUCUUCUUAAAGAUAGAGAAGACAGACUUGGAAACUGUUGCAACAUUUGGAGGUGGUCUCUGUGAACCAGGAUCUUACCCUGACGAAGAAAAUUGUUUGGUUACAGUCAACCUCCUGGAUCAAGCUGUUUUACCAUUGCCAAUAUGUUAUCCUAAUGGAAGUUACUCAUGGCCUGACAUAAACUGGGCAACAUACUUUAGUAAGGAAGCUGUCCUGGAAAGACUGAAACAGGCUGGCAAAAAGGCAGCUAAGCAGUUGGCAGGCAAUCUAGCUGAAGAAGCAUUGGCUGCUCUUGGUUUACCUGCAGAUUUACUUUCUGCGACAGGACCUUGUCCCAGACCAGAAAAUAUGACAUUGGCUAUACUGAAAGGAAAGAUGAUUGAAGCAGAUCUAAGCACCACUGGUACAAGACUUGCUCUGAAUGACAGAUAUGAACUGUAUGAUAGAAGCUGUUACAUAGCACUUAUCAACAAAACCCUGACUCUUCCUGCUAUAACUAACCCCACACUGAAGAAACAUCUGUACUACCAAAUGUCUCCAAACUGUAUGCGAUUUGAUGCCUGUGCUGAUGUUACCAUCAAGGCCAUAGACUACACCAAAGCAUUGAAAGCCUACGUAGAACUGGAUCCCUGUCACUUCAUCCUUUAUGCUGGUUUUGAGAAAUGGGAACGGCAGUUUAUUCUGAUUUCUUAUGAAUGGGGAAAAGAAGAAGUACUUGAAAUAACACCUGAGAUAAAGGUGAUGAUAAAGAUAGAUCGUGACGCUGACGUAAAGAAAGUAUUCAUUGUGAACUUUGGACUCAGGAUUUGUAUUGCAGGAGACUGUGUCAUUGACGAGUAUUUCGUACAAGAUUAUGAAGUUCCCAUUCCUCUUUGUAAUGAGAAUUUCACAUUACCAGGUGGUGGAGCAUUGGCAGACUUUGCUAAAACUUUGGGAGGAGCUAUUACAGCUGAGGCAUUUGACCUCAUUCUCAGGUUGUUAAAAUUAGAUACGAUAUUCCAGAAAGGAAGCUGUACAGUACCUCCAGGACCAACAAACUGUCCAUGGAAUAUUGAUGUAAAAUCAUAUCUACCAGCUUCUGUGAAACAUCUUGUAACCUGUGAGAUGCCCGAUAACUGUUUUGGAUUGGACUGUUGUAUAGAUGUUAAGUUUACAUUACCACCAGCUUUGGGAGGCAGAGUGAUAGCUUAUUCUGUUCGUUUCUGGUUCAAAAUGAGUCCUUGUGACUUCACCAUUGAUGUUGGAUUUGGAACCUGGACCUACAAGAAGACUCUCUUUGAAUAUGCUUGGGGUACACAGAAAGAACUUACCAUUGGUGGUGGUGAUCCAGCACCUGUUAAAAUUCUGUACACCAUAAGUAAAAUGGGAGGAGGAGAAGGAUUCAUCGUUGAUACUAUAGUGACAAUCUGCAUUCCAUUUGAUGACAACGAGCCAUUCUGUGCACCCACACCUGAUGGAUUCCACUUACUGAAGAGCCAACAAGUUCCUCUCUGUUCCAGAAACUUAACCAAUAUCCUCAGUAAUGUUUCGUUCUCUCAAUUGGCAAAGGAUAUUGGGUAUGAGGCAGGACAACAGCUGGCCCAGGGCGCUGUACAAUAUCUUCUAGAACAGGUUGGGCUAACAGAUUUCUUCAAAACAAAAUGUGAUCGUAAACGUGGUAUCUAUGACCCUAGUGUAGUGGGAUGGAAUAAUAUGUGUCCAUUAAGUAUUUCCAAGCUGCCUGAAAUUGAUGGGCCAAUGACAUGUAUGAUUACCGAAACCUGUAGUGGUAUAGAGUGUUGUGCUGAGAUACCAUUCAUUGGGCUGACCAUUCACCCUUAUUUCCUGAUCAACACAUGUGAAUAUAGUAUAUCAUUUGGUAUCAACAAUAUGGGUGUGAAUCUGUCUUUGUUCGAAGGUGGAAUUGACAGUUACGAAUGGGGAAAACCUUGGGUGCUAAAUAUUGAAGAUAUUGUCAAGAUAACACUUAUAAUGAAGAAACCACCUAAUGAGAAGAAAUUUAUUGUGGAUUUAACUGCCAGUGUAUGUUUUGAUGACACCGCACCAGACCAAUGCUUAACCUUUCCAAUGAUGAGUGGAAGUGAAAUUCCUCAACCAUUCUGUGACAUGACAGCUACAAUGAGUUUGUCCAAUUUCUCAGCCAUUAACUGGGGAGCUCAGUUAGGAAUAAACCUGACAGACUUCGCUGGAAUAUUGGCUAAGAAUGUUGCCCAGCUAUUGCUACAACAGCUUGGCCUGGAUGAGAUGAUGGAUGAUCCAGGAUGCUCCCGUAAUGCUGAUCAAUAUCAACCUGCAGUAUAUGGAUGGAAAAACACCUGUCCCUUGGACAUAAUAAGUCCUCCUAACAUAACGGUACCUAUGAACUGUUAUAUACCAGACUAUUGUACUGGACUAGAUUGUUGUUUCUAUUACGACUACCUGGAUAUCUCGUUACAUGCUUACCUGUAUAUUGAUACCUGUAGUUACAUCAUUCGAGGUGGAAUCGAGAAACUUACCUUUGAAUAUAAAAUCUUAGAUUUUGGUGAUUUAUGGGGCAAAGAAAUUGUUGUUCCACUGCAGAAUGUGAUCAAAAUAAGAUUUACGGUUGACCAGUUAUUGUUCGAGAAGAAGUUAAUUGUGGAUAUGUCCAUGUCUAUUUGUUUGGAUGUGAACACAGAGUGUCAAUUCAACUUUGACAUCUUGGUACAACAGAAAUUUCCACAACCGCUUUGUGAUCUGGACAUGAGUGGAUGGACAGGCGAUACGAACUCUCUGGUUGACUGGGUCAAGGACAAAGGUUUAGAAGCAGGGCAGUCUUUAUCCACAGCUCUCGCCAACAAAUUAUUUGAUGAUUUUGGACUGACCCAGUUCUUGUACAACCCUUCUUGUGACAGAUUUGAAGGAAUUUAUUCUGGAGCAGUGGAUGGCUGGAAGGCUGAUGCUUGCCCAAAAUCUGCCGAUAUGACUUUACCAAAGAUCAGAGGAACAGUCAGUUGUUAUGUACCAGAUUAUUGUACGGGUAUUGAUUGUUGUGUGGAUGUAGGAAAGAUCGGCAAAUCGUUCCGUAUUUACGCCUUGUUAGAUGCUUGUAACUGGAAGCUGAGUAUCGGUAUAGAGAAACGAGCCUUUAAUUUCACCAUUAUAGAUUACGAAUGGGGAGAGAAAAAGACAAUGUCAAUAUUACAAGUCCUCAAAAUGGAGUACACAAUUCAUGACUUGCAGGCUGAGAAGAAAUACAUGUUAAACAUGAACUUAAGUGUAUGUUUUGAGGAGAGUGGACCAUGUUUGGUUUCUGUACCAGUAUUUGAAAACACCAAACUCCCUAAACUGGGUUGUGAUUGGACACAAACAAGCCUUGAUUUCUCAUUAAGUGACUUUAAAGCUCAGAAUGGUAUUGUUGGAGCUGUUAAGGGCCUAGUUCGUGACAAAAUGCUAGAAGCUCUGGGAUUAACACCAUAUUUGAAGAAUCCAUCUUGUAGCAGGACAGUCGCUCCAUUUGCUGGAUCUGUAAACGGAUGGACCAACAAGUGCAAUGUGACCUUGCCAAUACAGUUACAAGCAAUAAGUUCCAGUAUACCACUGACUUGUAGCAUCAUGGACACAUGUACUGGGGUUACAUGCUGUUUAGAUAUAACUGACUUUGAUCUUGCUGUUAAUUUUUAUAUCAGUUUGGAUGCUUGUAAUUAUGAGUUUUCAGUUGGAAUAGAAAAUUUACCAUACAACAAGAAAUUGUUGAAUUAUGAUUUUGGAACAGAGGAAAUUAUAAGUCUGUCUGAUGUUGUUCGAUUGACGUUUAAGAUUGAUGAUCUGAAGACAGAAAAGAUGUUUUUAUUAAAUGCUGGAGUCUCAUUAUGUGUGGAUAAUAAACAGUCAUGUCUUUAUACAGUGGAGCUUAUGAAAGAUAUACUGCUGCCAAAACCUUUAUGUAAUCUAGAGACUAAAAUCUCUUUAGCCAACAUAUCAGCAACUGACUUCUUAAAAAAUCAAGUAGACCAAGCUCUUGAUGCUAUGCCAGAAUAUGUCUCAGAUCUAUUCAUAGAAGCAACUGGAGUUAAACAAUACAUGGAAGAUCCAUCCUGUAGCAGGAGCAGUGCCCCUUACUCUCCGUCAACAGACGGAUGGAAUAAAGAAUGUCCUUUAGACAUUACAUUACCAAAGAUACCUAACAAUGUUCCUGUAACAUGCCACAUACCAGAUUACUGCACAGGUGUAGAAUGUUGUGUCGAAAUUGAGUUUAUAAAGAAGUCCUUCCACUUCUACAUACUGUUAGAUGGAUGUCAGUACCGAAUCAAGGCUGGAAUAGAUCAUUUUGGGGUUGAUGAAGCCUUCUUUUCAUUUGAUAGUGGUAUGGUGAAAAACCUUAAGUUGGGCAACAUCAUGUUUUUAGAUUUUAUGGUAAUUGAUCUACAUGCUGAAAAGAAGUUCAUUGUUAGUAUGAAUGCCAGUGUCUGUUUAGAAGAAGGAAAAGCUUGUGAUAUAACCCUAGAAAUUGUUAAGGAUCUGUAUCUUCCGAAAAUUGCUUGUGACUGGAGCAUCAGUUUUAAUAAUUUCUCAGCCUCAGAUUUCUUGACUGAGCAAGGGCUUUCUCUCCAGAGCCAAUUGACAGACAUUGUAGUUAAGCAGAUUUUAGAGAAACUUGGUAUAGCUGAAUACCUACAAGAUCCACAGUGUGACAUAAGCAGUCAAAUGUACCAAUCACAGCCAACAGAUUCUGUUGGUUGGAGAGAUGAAUGUCCUGGAGGACUAGGUAACUUAACAGCACUGACUCCAUUAUCUCUAGCCACACCUAAGGGAUAUGUCGCAUCACGCUGUACUUACAUUGACUUCUGUUUAUAUAUACCACUACUGAGGACAUCAUUGCAUGCUUACUUUGACCUCAAUAUGUGUGAAAGGUCAUUCAAGAUUGGAAUAGAAAAACUGGUCAUUGAUUUGGACUUCCUCACUUAUGCCUGGGGACAGAAAGAUACCAAAGAUUUGUUAGAUGCCUAUAUAUUUGAUUUUCUGGUGGACUACAAUGAAGUAGAUGAAUAUUUCCGUAUAGACCUGAACAUGAGUAUGUACUUGGACAGAAGUCAACAGUAUGUGACCUUUGAACUCUUCAACAGACAAGUUCUACCAAUUCCUGUCUGCGACUAUGAUACAAGUUAUGGAGUACCAGGAUUCAACUUAAACAGUUGGUAUACAUAUCAUAACCUACCACAAGGAUCACUACUGAACCCUGCCAUGGCAUCAAAACUUCUAGAAUUCCUAACAAUUGGAGAAAUGAUGUCUCCUACACAAUGUCAACCUUCAGGAAUGAAGUACAGUCCAUCUGUUGCUGGAUGGAAAAAUGUGUGUCCCCUUGAUGUUCCCAUGGUAGCACUACAUUCAUCCUCAGUAGGAUCCAUUGCUGAAGUGUGUACAGCUGUAGAUUUCUGUUCUGAUGUUGAUUUCCUGGGACGUCCAUUCCACACAUACAUUGACCUAGAUCCAUGUACAAACAUCGGCAAAAUUGGCAUUGAAAGAUUUAGUCUAAAGUUAGAUUUGACUGAUGCCACCAUUUUUGGUGUGGAGAAAAAGUUUAAUUUGAAAGGAGUGGUAAAGUUGACAUACAAAAUAGAGAAAUUCCCAGUAGAACGUCAGUACCGAGUCAACCUUAAAGUCCAGAUAUGUUUCAACAGUACCUCAGUAUGUGAGAUAGAAAUGGAUGCCUUUUCUGAUGCUAUGAUACCAUGGAGACAAUGUGCUUGGGAUCUGCCAUAUUCAACAUCAGGAUUUUCAUUGGCUAGUCACUUGACCAGUAUUGGUAAAACUUCAGGACAGACAUUCACUUCACAGGAAAAGACUGAUCUGUUUAACUUACUUGGAAUCAACUCCUAUAUUUUGGGAACACCUUGUGCAUUGGCUGAUUAUUCACCAAUCGGUGCAGAGAGAUGGCAAAAAGAUUGUGCAGUAGAUGUCACUUUGCCAACACUUCCAGCCAAUGCAGCAUGUAACAUCCAUGAUAAGUGUACUGCUGUAGAUUGUUGUAUGUACACUGACUUCCUGCAACAAGGUUUCCAUUCCUUUGUUGAACUGGAUCCAUGUAACCACAAACUACAGUUUGGUAUAGAGAGGGUAUACGAAACAGUAGAUCUCAAUGGAUAUGCAUUUGGAGUUGAAGAGACAAAGACGUUGAUGAAUGUUGUCAGACUUACAUAUACAAUCACAAACCUGCAGUCUGCAGGAAAAUACCAACUGGAUAUGACCAUGAAGAUUUGCUUUGAAACAUCAGGGUCUUGUGACUUUGAAAUGACUGUGUUCAGUGGUACACAGCUUCCUAAACAGUAUUGCUUCACUGGUUCAACUUUCUUUGAUUCCGCAUUUUCAUUAAACAACUUUUUACUGGCUGAGAAUCAAGCUAAAGUUGAUCCACUGCCGUCAGCGACAACAACCAAACUGUUACAAGAUACUGGAAUCAGUGACUACCUUCAAGUAACUGCAUGUGAUCACUCUGUGUCACCUUUCACUACAGCUAAUGGCAGACUGAAUGAUGAGUGUGGUAAACUUGAAAAAUCCAUUACUCUACCAGCAGACGUAUCAUUAAACAUCCAAUCAGACUGUACAUCAGUUACUAUGUGUUCUGACAUUGGGUAUAUUGAUAAGAAAAUCCAGUCUACAGUGAAACUGGAUCCCUGUACAUAUGAAAUAACUCUUGGCAUUGAGACAAUGGAAGCUACUGUAUCCUUGUUACAUUUCCAGUGGGGGAAACCACAAUCUUUUGCCUUACAAGGAGGACUUAGAAUGGACUAUGUGAUCCAUGAUUUAACUAGUGAAGGAAUGUACCUGGUAUCUGUUGACAUGGGUUUGUGUAUGGAGACUUCAGACAGAUACAGUUGUGAUGUUAAACAUACAGUGUUAGAUAAUGUCAAACUGGCAAAGAAGUCCUGUAACUGGAACAGUGGAUUUGCAUUCUCUGGCAAUCCAAGUUUUGACUUGUCAACCUGGCUAUCAACUAACAGUUAUACAGACUCAAAUCCUUUGUCAGAACUUGUCGUCAUUGAACUUGAAAGAUUCUUACAGUUUGAAGAUUAUCUACAGCCUAGCCACUGUGUGGCAUCUUCUGCACCUUAUACACCUGUCAACUCUGAAGGUUGGGCUGUUAGUUCAGGAUGUCAGAAUGCACCAACACUCACUACACUGCCUGGUUCUGGAAUUAAAUGUAACCUUGGUGACAGUUGUACUCAAAUUGACUGCUGUGUAGACAUUGCCAAGUUAGAUACGACCUUCAGAGUUUAUGCUGACCUUGAUGUCUGUAGUAAGGAGUUUACAGUUGGUGUAGAGAAUUUCAACAGAACUAUAUCCCUGUAUAGUUUCCAGUAUGCACAAGAGGAUACUUUCUCCUUUGGAGGACUUGUUAAUAUUAAAUACAAAGUAGUGAACUACCAGAGUGAGAGAGUGUUUGUAGUUAACAUGGACAUUGAAGUAUGUUAUUCUGCUGCUGGGCCAUGUGCAGUACAACACACAGUAUUGACUGAUGUAAAGUUACCCAAAUCUUCAUGUAACUUCAGCAAGCCAUAUGCCAUUCCUGAUUUCUCAUUGGUGUCUUACAUGAGCGAGUUGGAUGUUAACACAAAUGUUAAUCAGUUGCCAAGUUGGGCUGUUGACUUACUGAUGGAAGAAUUAGGAAUAGCAGGUUUUCAACAAGAUCCUCAGUGUGAAUUGUCAAGCUAUUCUGGAGCUCUAUCCAAUGGAUGGGAUUCAACAGCUUGUGGAGAACUUAUAACACUACCACAUUUACCAGCCUACACACGGUGUAGGUUACCAAGUUACUGUACUGGUGCCCAGUGCUGUUCCAACAUUGGUUAUCUUGGGAGAAAGUUGGAAGCCUUUGUACUAGUGGAUCCAUGUAGUUACUCUGUCAGUAUUGGACUGGAGAAAAGAAAUAUCAAUGUAACAUUAUUGGAAUUUACACAAGGAAGUUGGCAGACAGUCACUUUAGGCAAUCUACUCAGACUACAAUACAAAGCAGAGGAGUUGACAGCUGAGAAAGUUUAUUUGUUGUACAUGACAAUCAGUAUAUGUUUUGAAACAGUUGGAGAUUGCCGUUAUUCUUACACUGUAUUUGAUGGUGUAAAGAUUCCCAAACAACCAUGUGACUGGACUGGAGGGUAUGCUAUACCAGGGUUCAAUUUGAAUUCCUACCUGACUGGAUUAGGAUAUUCCACAAGUACACCCCUGAACUCAUUAGUGUCCUCUCAACUCUUGGAAUACCUCGGAGUAGCCAGUUUGCUGAAUACACCAACACAGCAGUGUCAGAUGUCAGAUCCUCUCUAUACAUCUCCAACUAAUGGCUGGACAAAAGACGCAGGUUGCACAUCAGCAGUAGAUCUACCAACUCUAGGAAGUAAUAGUGUUUGUCACUUAUAUGAUACCUGUACUGGUAUAUCAUGUUGUUUACAUUCUACAACUGUUGAUAGAAACUUCAAUGUCUUCCUAAAACUGGAUCCCUGUACACAGAAACUGGACAUUGGUAUAGAAAAGUACCAGUUUGACUUUUCACUCUACACCUUCACAUUUGAGACUACACAGUAUUUCCAUAUUGACAGAGUAAUUGAAAUUGAGUACAAAAUAACAGAUUUGGUUGGUGAAAUGGUCUAUCUUGUGGAUAUGAAAGUCAAGAUUUGCUUCAAUGACCCUACACCAUGUGACUUGCAAGAUACAAUAGUACUGAAUACCAAAUUACCAAAGAUGGUGUGUCCAUGGUUUAGAGGAUAUCCAAAUCCAAGUUGGUCCCUUAAUCAGUGGUAUUUGGACAAUUCUUUGACACCAGGGUCUAACUUGGACUCAUCUGCAGUUUCUUCCCUGAUGGAGGCAUCAGAGAUUGGAGAAUAUUUACUCAGUCCUAUGGUAUCAAGAGAUGAUCCCUUUGGAACUUAUGCUGCGGCCUAUCUUGGUUGGAGUUCAGAGUGUACUGAGGCGCCUGUAACUCUCCUUCAAAUGGACCAGACUGUAAUAUCCUGUAAUCUAGAGAGCACCUGUCGUGGAUUGAGUUGUGCAUUAGACGUACCAUUCAUCAGUAAAACAUUUGAAUUCUAUAUGAGACUAGAGCAGUGCGACUAUAUGUUGAAAGUUGGAAUUGAACGUCAGCAAUAUGAAAGAACACUUAAAGGAUAUGAAUGGGGAGAAUGGACACAUGUUGACCUAAAUGGAAUUUUGAAAAUGAGUUUUGUUCUCCAUGACUUGUAUGCUGAGCCUGCAUUCCUGAUUUCUAUGAAGCUGAGUUUGUGUUGGGAAGCUAACCAGCCAUGUGGAACUGUUUACAAUAUCUUUGAUAAAGUCAGACUACCAAAGAAAGUGUGCGACUGGGACAAGAAGUUCCUUCAAAAUGACUUUUCACUGAAUCAAUAUAAAACAGACAAUGGUAUUUCUACCCUGGAUGAACAUCACGUGUCAGAUAUUCUACGCUUAACUGGUAUUUCACAGUACAUGAAGAGGAACCCAUGUAGUAGGACUGCAGCUCCUUACACUGGGGCUGAUGGAAACAACUGGAAAAAUGAUUGUGCUGAUCCUGUUGGUUCUUUAUUGCCUUUGGGUAGUGAUACCACAUGUCACAUUGACUCAUCAUGUACAGCUGUCGAUUGUUGUUUGGAUUCUACAAGCCUCGGACUGACCUUCAACGGAUAUGUUAGACUGGAUCCUUGUAACUACAAAAUAUAUAUCGGACUGGAGGGUAUUGACUUAGACUAUACACUCAUUGACUUCAGUUUUGGUACAGUGCAACAUUAUGCCAUGAAUGAAGUUUUUAAUCUAGAUUUUGUGGUAGAUGAUCUAACAGCAGAUAAAGUAUAUGUUGUUACAAUGAAUAUAUCAGUUUGUCUAGAAUCAGGAGGGGCGUGUGAAGUGUUUACUAAUGUAUUCCAGGAUCAUAGGUUACCCAAAGCAGAAUGUGACUAUGAUUCACAGUUUGUCAUUCCUGGAUUCAGUCUGAAUGAAUACUUGGAUGACAAGAGUGUAUCUACUAACACUAUACCCCUGGAUGUCCAUACUAUUGCCCAAUUGCUGCACGAUACAGCUCUCGCACCAUACAUGAUGGACGAUGUUUGUGACCAAACUGUAAUACCAUAUUAUCCCAAUGAUAAAGGAUGGAACAGAGCUUGUGAAGAAUAUGUAGAAUUACCCGUGCUGCAAUCUGGAACUAUCUGUCAUCUGUACAGUUCUUGUACUGGUGUCACUUGUUGUAGCAGUUUCCCAAGGAUUAAUAGGAAUGUUAACACACAGUUAAGACUGGAUCCCUGUAACCGUAAGAUGAUCAUUGGCAUUGAAAAGCUUGAGAUUACCAUCAGUUUGUUUGGAUAUGUAUAUGGGGAAGUGAAAAAAGUAAAACUACAUGGAGUGAUUGGUCUUGAGUUCAAAAUUUCAAAUCUUGAAGCAGAAAGGAAGUUUAUGGUGGACCUAGAGAUGAGUAUAUGUAUGGAGACAAAUGGAACAUGUGAAAUAACAGUCCCUGUCUUGAUAAGUACAGCCCUACCAAAGGCACCAUGUGAAUGGAAGAAUGAUUAUGUUCAAGCAGAUUUUUCAUUCCUUGGUUUCCUGAAUGAGAAAGGUAUAGGUGUGAAUGAUAAUCUGGAUACCAAUCAACUGUCUGCCUUGAUAGAGAGGUUAGCCAUUGGAGAUUUCUUGAAGGACACACAAUGUAGUAGUUCUGCGUCUCCCUACAGCGGACACUCAAAUGGAUGGACUAAUUCAUGUGGACAGUCUAUGGCAACUCUCCCCACUAUAUCAGGUGCUGUAUGUAAUGUUGGUAGUGAUUGUACAACUGUAUACUGUUGUUUGCCAGACACCAGAAUCAGCAAAAGUUUUGAGACCUUUGUUAAGUUUGAACCAUGUCUUUUCACACUGUCUGUUGGAAUAGACAAAUUAACAUUCAGCACACUCUUGUUUGAUUAUGAAUGGGGUCAGCUGACUGAAGUUUGGUUGUUUGGAUACGUCAGAAUGGAGUUUACAGUGAGGGACUUGGAGAUUGAGGGUGAUUAUUUGAUUGACAUGAAACUUCAGAUUUGUCGUGAGUCAGAUACAGACACAACACCAUGUGGAGUUGAUAUUGUGAUCUUUGACAAAUACAGACUUCCAAAAUUGUCAUGUGACUGGAAUUCAGGACUAGAUACAGGAUUCCAAGGAUUGACAACAUGGCUGACAGACAACAGUGUAACUAAGACAGAACCACUGCGGGGACCAGAAACAUCCAAGUUAAUGUCUGACGCUGGCAUAGCAGCUUAUCUGUAUGAGCCUCCAUGUGAUCAACAGGGUGGUACUUACUCUGGAAAUGUGGGAGGUGUCAAGAAUGAUUGUGGAAUGCCUGUGUCUGUUCCUGUAUUACCAACAGGAGUUGUCUGUACUGUUUCGGCUGAUACAUGUACUGGUUUGGACUGCUGUAUCACCAUUCCACUAACAAACAAGACGAUGAACUUCCGUAUUAACAUAAACCAUUGUUACCAGGACAUUACUGUAGGAUUGGAAUCAAUGUACAGACAAUACAAAUUACUGGAUUACACAUUUGGAACUUUGGAAAAUUUCAACCUCAUAGGAGUUGGAAAAAUGGAAUACAAAAUAGAAGAUUUCAUUGGUGAGGGAGCUUACUUGAUGGAUAUAAGCUUUUCCUUCUGUUUAGAGACAGGAAGUUGUGAAUUUACAGAGACUAUCAUCCAGGGUGUCAAGUUCCCUAAAAAGAAAUGUACAUGGGAUGAUACAUAUAGAGUGAAAGACUUUUCACUGGAUCAGUGGAGUAGGGAGAGAUCUAUUGACACAACACAAGUGUAUGCAGCUUAUUACAUCUCAGAACUUCUACAGAACUUGGACUUAACCAGAUACUUUCAAUCAGCACAAUGUAGCCGAUCAUCGUCUCCAUAUGAUUCACCAACCAAUGGAUGGAAAAAAGAAUGCUCUGACACAGAAGUUGUAGCUAUCUCUACCAAUCCACUGACUUGUCGGCUGAAGUCAGACUGUGCUGCUAUCAGCUGUUGUUUGGAUGAAGAUUUUAUCAGCAAGACAUUUGAAGUGGUCUUUGAGAUAGAUGACUGUGAGAGAAAGAUAUACAUUGGAAUAGAAAAACUGAAGUUCUAUAUUCCUCUACAUGACUUUGAAUUUGAUAAAUGGCAUGAAUUCAGUUUAGUAAAGACAAUCCGUAUAAGGUACAAUAUAUAUGACCUAUGGAGUGAAGGAGUAUACAUGGUAUCUUUGGAGAUAUCUUCCUGCUGGGAGAUGUAUAGUAGUUGUGCAUGGACCCAAUCUGUACUGGACUAUGCCAGAUUUAAGAAGCAGACAUGUGCCUCACAGAUGGCAUACCAGAAUGCAGGCUUCUCUCUCACAACUUGGGCUACUAGUAACAGCAUUGACAAGGAUGCCAUGAAUGAAACAGAUCUCACACGACUCUAUGAUGAACUGGACGUUGCUUGGUAUCUGAAGAACACAUGUGACUAUGAAAUGUCACCCUUUAUAGCUAAUGGAUGGAAUAAUACUUGUAGUUCAACCAUUAACAACUUACCCAUGUUAUCCAGUGGUACUUCAUGUUAUAUAUCUGAUGUAUGUACAAAUGUACGAUGCUGUGUUUCCGUACCAUUAUUGGGUAACCAUACAUUUGAUUUCUCACUUAAUUUGGAUGGAUGUACACAGUACAUGGAGAUUAGUUUGGAGAAUUACAAGGAACAAUUCAUGUUGAGGGACUAUACCUUUGGACAAGAAGAUUAUUUGUGGAUUAAAGGAGUAUUCAGACUCAAGUACACAAUAGAUGAUUUGCAGGACCAGAAUCUGUACAGGGUAUCUGUUAUGUUUGAGGUGUGUACCACCAAUGGUGCACCAUGUGAGUACAGCCUCACAGUAAUGGACAGUGUUGAACUACCAAGGUCAUCAUGUCUUCCAGAGUGGGGUUAUGGAUAUGCUGAAGUUGGUUUUACAAAAGAACAAUGGAAGACAAGUCGAGGUCUUGAAGAUGAUGCUACACUGAACUCCUGGCAGAUUGCCAAGUUAUUGGAAGAAACAGAAGUUGCUCUUUACCAGAACAAACCUCGCUGUAAUCAUACAAUUGGUGACUACCAAGGAUCUGUAGAUGGCUGGGUUAACAACUGUACACUAGGAGUAUCCCCUGGUGUCUUGGAUGGAGAUAUUGUUUGUUUGAUUGGUAGUAAAUGUUCUGAGGUGUCCUGUUGUGUCAAUGACCCUGAGACCAUGAGUGACUUCAAUGCCUACCUAAGUCUGGAUCCAUGUGAAUUCACCUUACUGAUUGGAGUAGAGAAAUACAGCUUCGAAGUCUCUCUAAUUGGCUUUGACUUUGAGAGGAGUUAUGAGAUAGACCUUGGUGGUAUAUACAAAGUCAGCUUCUCUGUGGAUGAUCUGAUAUACAGUGGAAUGUAUGUGGUCAACAUGACAGUCAGUAUCUGUUGGAGUAGUGGACAAGAUUGUCAGUUUGUGUCACAAGUUUUCCAGAAUACACUGCUACCUAAACAUACAUGUGAUACACAGACAGAUUUUGCUCAGUCAGGAUUUAGUUAUACCAGCUGGCUUACCACUACAGGAUAUACAGAUGCCACACCCCUCACAGGUGAUGCCCUAGACGACCUUGAAGAAGUCCUUGACAUUGUCAAGUUCUAUGAACCUACUGGUUAUACUGUAGUUAAUGCCAGUAGUAAUGGCUGGAAUAAUGAAUGUGCAUUGGGCAUGGUAGAGCUACCAGACAUUUCUCCUGCAGCAAAUUGUACUCUUCAGCCACAUUGUACUGCUAUAGACUGUAGUAUUUUCUCACCAAGACUUGGCAGGAGUUUCCAUGCUGCUGUAGAUAUCGAUCCUUGUCAUGCACGUAUGAUGGUGCAGAUAGAAAAAAUGAACUUCAAUGUGGGACUUCUGGAAAAACAAUAUGGUGAUUUGUGGCAGGUUUGGCUUAGAGGAGUUGUAAGAAUAGACUUCACCAUCAAUAACUUACCAAGUGAAAACAUGUACUUAGUAAACUUGAACUUGAGUGUAUGUUUCGAGUCAUCAGGAGCAUGUGAAGUUGGACCUGUGAACAUUUUCGUCAACACUUUACUGCACAAGAAAAGUUGUGACUUCUCCAGUGACUUUGUAGUUACAGGGUUCUCCUUGGAAGCAAUGAGACAGACUUAUCAUUUAACUGGAGUGACCACACUACCUAGCUACUUUGUACAGCAGGUUUUGAAUACAGCCAGUGUGUCACAAUAUCUACUAGAGCAAUCAUGUAACAGAUUGACUUCACCAUUUGGUACGACAUAUGAUGGAUGGAUGAAAGGUUGUACCACUCAGUCCUUGACACUGGAAUAUAUCAAACCAACAGAGACAACCUGUUAUACGUUACCAGAUUGUACAGGGUUCCAGUGUUGUGUAGAUGCCUCUGUCAUUGGAAGGUCCUUCUUGUACAAAAUAUCUGUUGAUGCUUGUAAAUACAAAUUGACUGUCGCCAUUGAAGGUCUUGAAUAUGAACAGAAUCUCUUGACUUACAAGUUUGGUACUCAAGACAAGUUCUACAUAAACGGUGUUUUCAAGAUGGACUACCAGAUAGAGGAAUUACCGAUAGAUGGUUCAUACUUGUUGACAGUAACACUGAGUGUUUGUUUAGAGGCUAAUGCUGAUUGUGCUGUACAGAGAGUAGUAGCCAGUAGUCUCAAGAUAGACAAACCUACAUGUACAUCUACUGGACAGUUUGCCAUUCCAGGAUUUUCACUGACAGACUGGAAGGCUAGUAAAGGAUUAAGUUCAUCAAACUCACUACCAGAAUAUGCUGCAUCUCUCCUCAUGAGUGAUCUGAAGAUAGCCAAGUACAUGAAGGAACCACAGUGUACCAUUGCAGCACCAGGCUGGCAAUCAGGAGGUUGUCUGUUGAAUGUGGACAAGCCAAUGCUCCAUGACAAUGUAACCUGCCAAGUUACCAGUAGUUGUACUGGUGUUAAGUGUUGUUUGUACACAGAGGAACUGAACCGUAACAUAGAUGUGCACCUUCUUCUGAACCCAUGUGACCAAAGUUUAUCUCUAACCAUUGAUUAUCUGGAGUACAAUAGAAGUUUGUAUGACUUCAGCUUUGGAAGUUUACAGCAGUUUUACAUGGAAAAUGUUGUAAGAGUAGAUUAUGUGAUAUACGAUCUGACCAACGAAUUCCAAUACCUUGUUGACAUGAAUGUCAGUAUUUGCUAUGAGUCAUCAGCGCCAUGUGAAUUAGAAUCAAUGGUGUUCCAUAGUUCUGUUUUGCAUAAAAAGCCUUGUCAGUGGAAAACAGGCUUCAGAGAUCCAAAUUUCUCUGAGUCUGGAUGGAGAAAUGAGAUGAACAUUACAUCUGAUGCCCAGCUGUUCCCAGUAGACAUAGCAAGACUAACUGAGGCUCUAUAUGUUGGACCUUACCAGUCCGACACUCCGUGUCAGGGAUACAAUUCACCGUAUAUAGGAGCCAUCAAUGGAUGGAAAGAUGAAUGCUCAGUUUCUAACUUGGAGAACUUGCCAUCAGAUAAGAUGAAGUGUUACAUACCUCCAACCUGUAGCAUUGUCAAGUGUUGUCAUGAAGUUGGUCUACUUGGUACACCGAUGGAGACAGAGCUUGAAAUUGACUCGUGUAACUUUGAACUGUCUGUCAGGAUUGAAAAACUUGAGUUCAAAGUUCCUUUCCAUGACUAUCAAUGGGGAGUUGUAAAAAGUAUGGACCUGUUUGGUUUGUUGACAAUGGACUUUGUAAUAGAGAAUCUAUAUGAGGCCAGACAGUUCUUAAUUUCCAUGAAUCUGACAUUAUCCUAUGAAUCAGCUGGACCGGUUGAAGCAGCCAACAUACUUAUGGAUAAGGUCCUUCUAUCUAAGAAACAAUGUGAUUGGAGCUCAGAUUUCCAUAUUUCUGGUUUUUCACUGUACACAUAUUUGAUAAACAGAAACCACGGACCUACUGAUCCUUUGACACCAAACUUGUUACUACAGUUUAUGGAAGACACAAACCUGGCACCAUUCAUGCAGGAUGAAAUGUGUAACCGAACUGGUGCCCUGUAUAACAAUGAAUCAUGGACACAAGAUUGUGCUGCUAACCUAACAUUGCCUACUUUAUCAGACAAAGUCAAUGGCCAUAUAACUACUAUGUGUACAGGUGUUCAAGGUUGUAUAGAGAAUGAUUUGAUUCAGAGGUCAAUUGAAUUCUCCCUACUACUGGAUCCCUGUUCAAACAGGCUUAGUAUCAGCAUAGAGAGAGCUAGAUAUAAUAGAACACUCAGUGAUUUUGAAUAUGGAGAGGAUCAUUACUACAAUUUACAAGGAAUCGUCCGUCUCAAAUAUAAUAUAGAGGAUCUGCACACAGAACGUUAUUAUCUGUUGAAUGUGGUCGCCUAUUUUUGCUAUGAGACAUCAGGUAUUGCCUGUACACUGGAGAACACCUUUACAAUAUUUGAGAACACAAAGUUACCCAAAAGAGUGUGUAGCUACAAUCAAGGAUUCAAAACCUCAGGUUUCUCCAAGACCCAGUGGUAUGCUGACAAUGGAAUACCAGACGGACAAGUUCUGCCUGACUGGGCAGCAUCAUCUUUCCUGGAUGACCUUCACAUUGCUGCUUAUUUACAGACAGAUCAAUGUGGACAGACUGGUCUACAAUAUACAAAUGGAUGGAAUCUAGGUUGUACAAAAACUGUCAGUCUACCCAACAUCACAGAUUCCACAAAAUGUCACCUGACCUCAGCUUGCACUGCAGUAGAAUGUUGUACUGAAAUCGACUUCCUCUCAAGGUCAUUCAGGACGUACCUACAUAUUGACCCCUGUAAACAAAUACUGUAUCUUGGCAUUGAACGUUUCAAUAGAAAUAUUUCUUUGAUUGAUUACAUGGAGGGAACAAAGAAACAGUUUGCACUUGUUGGAUCAGUUAUGAUUGAUUACAUGAUAGAAGAUAUACCAGGAGAGAGUAUGUACUUGGUCAGUAUGAAUAUAUCCUACUGUUACGAGGAUGGACAGCCAUGUUAUAUGGUCACUACAGUGUUUGACAAUACCAGAUUACCUAAAGAUAUAUGUGAAUGGAAAACUGACUACCAUAUUCCAAGUUUCUCGUUUGAGACAUGGCAAGGAGAUCAAGGAUUGACUAUAGGUGACCCCCUGCCAAUGUGGGCAGAAUAUUUGUUGUAUGAACAAACUGGUCUAUCUCCUUAUUUACAAGAUAGUCAGUCGCAGUGUAGUAGAAGCAGUGCCAAGUUUAACUCAUCUAUUGCUGGUGGAUGGAUUGAUGAAUGUAGCCUGAAUACCACCAUACAGGAUCUAUCUAGCAGCUACAAUGAUAUAACAUGUCAUGUGACAUCAAGCUGUACGGAAAUCGAGUGUUGUGUUGACUCUACCAAGCUUCGUAGACCUUUCCAUGUGGUUGUCAAAUUAGAUCCAUGUGAUUUUGUCAUUAAUGUUGGAAUUGAGAACUUCCAGUACAAACUGGCCAUGGCAGACUAUACAUUUGGUGAACAGAGGAACUUCUCCUUGGGAGGAAUAGUCAAAACACAGUUUACUGUGUAUGAUAUAGAGUCAGAAAAUGCCUACCUAAUAGAUAUGAACAUUUCUGUGUGUACGGAGAGUGCCCAGGCAUGUGAGCAAGAUUUUGUGAUAGCAGAAAAUGUCCUAUUACCCAAAAAACAAUGCACAUGGGAUGCAGGAUUUGUUCAUCAGAACUUUUCUUUAACCCAGUUUAAGGCCGAUAAUAAAAUAUCUGGGAACUUGGAAAGCUAUGAUGCCUCUCGGUUUUUGGAUGAGGCCUUUGUAUCAUUUUAUCUAUUAGCCACACCAUGUGAUCGAAGUAGUGACUUGUAUUCUUCUAGCACCAAUGGAUGGACAACAGCUUGUUCUGUUGUUCCUGUGAGUACCUUGCCAGCGCUCGCCAAUACAGUAUCAUGUAACGUUGACAACACCUGUGAAAAGUUUACAUGCUGUUUUGAGGAAUCAGAAGUAGGUCGAAGUAUUGAGGCCAGUGUUCAGAUAGAUUCAUGUAAAGGAGAGCUGAUUGUCACACUUGAGAGAAUGACCAGAACUAUAUCAUUGGUUGGAUAUGUUUGGGGAACAGAGGAAGUUUACAAGUUAAAUGGAGUUUAUGGCCUUAGGUUUACUGUGAAUAAUCUUGUGACAAGUAAUAAAUACAUGGUAAACAUGGACCUGAUGGCAUGUUAUGAGGCUAAUGGUGCCUGUACUUUACAAGAAACCAUCCUAACUAACUUUGAACUAUUGAAACAAGUUUGUGAUAGGGCAGCAGGAUUUGUUAAUCAACAGUUUUCCUAUAGUUCCUGGCUGUCAUCAGUUGGUCUACCAGCCAAUACUUCACCCUUACCAGAAUGGGCCAGACUACAACUGAUCAAUGACCUUGAUGUGAAUAAUUACUUCAGCCUUGAUGACAAGUGUUACAAUGUGAUGACUCCUUUUAUGACAGCAACUGCAACAAAUGGUUUCAACAAUGAUUGUGGUUCAUCAAUUGCACACAAUACAUUUACACCAGCUGAUACCAUAGUAUGUAGUGUCCCAACAGACUGUAAUGGAGUACGAUGCUGUGUUGAUGUGCCACAGCUAGCCACAUCUCUGGAAUAUAAAUUGAUUGUGGACACAUGUGGCAACAGACUACGUCUUAAAGUAGAUAAACUGGAAACUGACAUAUCAUUGCAUGAUUAUGACUUUGGAUCUAGUGCCAAAUUCUCUAUAUAUGGCUUGGCUGAAAUAGAUUACCUUGUAAGCAAUCUGUUGCUAAGUAACCAGUAUGAAGUUACAAUGUCAAUAAAAUUCUGUCUAAAUGGUGAUACUUCAUUGGCGUGUGACCAGGAAUACACUAUCUUUAAUAAGACAAUCAUUGAUAAAGAAAGCUGUGAUUACAAUACAGGCUUCAAAGAUUCAGGAUUCUCUCUAUCCACAUGGUUAGCAGAUAAAAGUCUAGGAUUAACAAAUAUGUCAAUAGUGGAUGCUGAUGAUUUAUUACAGUUACUGCAGAUAAAUGAUUUUAUGGAGUAUUCCAACAUUUGUAACUUUACUGGAUCACCAUUUGUUGGUGCUGUAGAUGGAUGGAAUAAUGAAUGUAACAAUGUGUCAUCAGGGGAUUUGACUCUUCUACCUUCAUCGGAAUUACUUUGUCAUAUUGCUGCUGAUUGUAAUGCUGUUUCCUGUUGUGCCAAGUCUGAUGUUCUGAAACGAGAUUUUUAUGUUGCCGUGACCAUGAACACUUGUAGCUACACACUGAAUAUACAGUUGGAAAAUCUGAUAAUUGACAAGGAUUUACUCAAUUAUGCAUGGGGAACAACAGAGAACAUGAACCUCUAUGGAGUUUUGAGAGUCAUGUACCGUGUAAACCAUGUUGCAUCAAUGAAAUACUUCAAUGUUGAUUUAACUAUCAAAUUAUGUUUUGAAUCUGGAGCAGGGUCUUGUUUACAAGAAUAUACCAUAUUUACCAGUAAUAAACUUUACUAUCCUGAGUGUACACAGCCUAACUUACCUUUCUAUGGCAUAACAUUUGACUAUUGGAAGCCAACAGUUUGUUCCCAGUUUUCUACAGGAACAUAUGCUCAAGGCUGUCCUGGUGUUACCUUUACAACCUAUGCUCAGACCAGAUGUCAGAUGGCUGCUGACUGUUUUAGUGUUACAUGUUGCUUAGAUUUGGACUUUGUACCUGGUACUCGUAACACCCAGCUGACAUUUGCUUUGGAUUCAUGUGCUGAUCAAAUUGACUACACUCUAGAGAGGCACACAUGGACAAGAACAGGACUGGCUUCAAUUAAUGGAAUUGAACAGGUUGAAUCGUUGUCUAGCUCAUUCAUGUUAAACUUUACUCUGGACACAACAACUUCAGCUACAGCUUACAAGACCACUAUAGGUUUGACCGCAUGCUACAUUUCUCCUGGAACAUGUGAAGAUUAUCAGUUACUGACAGCAUCUGACCUUAAAAAGGGAACAUGCACAGGCCGUAGGAGACGAAGACGUGCAGCAGCACUGGUUGACGUUAAAGACAUGAAAGGAGGCCUACAAAUAUUGACAGAUAGAAAUGCAACUGAAGCAGAGAAGAACUUUUUCAUUGCUGCGUGUAUGGACUACAGUAAAAAUAGUAAAGAUUAUUCUGUAACAAAUAUUGACGAUGGUGAUGAAAAAACUGGUGGGAAGUCUGCUCUUAAAGCUCUUGGUAGUGGUAUGCCCACCACUGUUGGUGUGAGUGGAGAAACAUUCAGUGGAACCUUUACAGUACAGGGAGGUGAAGAAAUUUUUAAGGAACUAGAUUUUGCUGUUAGUGGUAUAAAGGAUGCUUAUGCUAUUGGACAAGGAUUGUCAGAAGUUGGAGCCAAACUUUUAGGAGAGAAGUUAGCUAAUAUGACAGUUGGUGACAUUGAAACUUUAAUGGACUUCAAGAAUGUUGAUCCAAUAUUGGUGGCUCAGCUUAUGAAAGAUCUGAGAGACUUAGCAAAAGCACUGUAUUCCGAGUUCCUUACCAAGCUACUGACCAAUGGAGAUGAGGUGUUCAAAUCUUUUGACUUUACACUGGGGGGAGACUUUAGUUUCCCUAAACAGGAUAUAACACUGUUUAGCUAUAGUAUUAACAUGUUGGUUGGAGGAAUUAUACCAAUGCAGUUCUCAUUUGGUGCUGGAGCAUACUACGGAAUGAAGUUUGAAAUUGCAGCCAAGGUGUUAGAAAUGAAAGCUAUAUGUGGUGUAGAACCUUAUGCUGGAGUGACAGUCUAUGGUGAACUUGGUAUUGGAUUUUUAUUGUAUGGAAAACUCCGUUUAGAGGGAAGAAUUAUGGACUUGCGUUUCCCAACAACAGCUGAGAUUACAUUCAAUAAGUUUCCUCUAGAUGUUGGUCUGGUUAUGUACUUGAAACUGACCCCAAUUGAACUGAAACUGUUUGCCCUGGUGACCCUAGAGGUCAAUCUUGGUUUAACUAAGUUUAAGAAAACUUUGUUUAAAGCUGAAUUAUGGUCAUACAAGGCUCCAACAAUUACCAAGAAACUGAUCGACAACAGGAAAGAUGAAGAAGACAAAACUCCUCCAGAUAUAUCACCAUUUACCGAUGAUGAGAUUCCAGGAAGAAAGAGAAGGGCAACAGCAAGUUGUGAAGUAGACCAGAUAGCAGGUAGAGACUAUGUAGAGCCAAUGUUUGAAAUCGCUGUUCGUGCUGAGGAUGACAGAAGUGAUGUGGCUUACUUCCUUGAUGUCGGAAUAGUACCAGGAGGAAAAGAUGUAAUGAACCAGCAUACUCUUGGUGGACCAAAGACAUCAGUUGAUGAGAGACUUAGUGCUACUGGGGUCCCUCUGUAUUUUACAAUGUAUGCACAAAAUGAUGCUGGUGAGCGCUCCAUGGCAACAUGUUCUUUAAACACAUAUGAUGUAACUCUUCCUGGUGGUCGAUUCACAGAAGACUUUUUAUCAACCAGUAAUCCAGCAGUGAUGAAGGCAUCUGUUGUUGUAUAUGAAGACUCUGAUAUAGUGUUGACACAAGUUGGAUUGGGAUAUGGAAAAGAUGUGUGGGGGGAUCAAGUAAUUCCAUGGAACACUGUCAAUGUAAAUGCUGAUGCCUUUGUACCACCAGAUCUAAGUAAUGAUCCACAUAACCAUAUAGUUAUGGAAAUGUUCACAGACUUCAGAAUAGGUCGACUGAUUGCACCAUUUGGAGGGGAGGUCUCCAGGGAAGCUACACAUGGGGAUUGUGCGAAACGAUGCGCAGAUUUGCCAAAAACCAAAUGUAUGAGCUUCAAUUAUGACUUUUUGAAUGCUACAUGUGAGCUGCUUGAAGGAAUAGAAGGUCAUCACUACAAGCUCGCACAGUCCGGAUUGUUCCAGCACUAUGAAAGACUUGGUAUUGGACAGAUCUUGAGUUUUGAUUAUGAUACUUUAUGGCUGACCCACAAUAAGACACAUUACUUCAACUUCCGUAUCAUAAACACUUUAGGAUUUGAGAGUAUUAUUUCUACCCCUGCUGUAAUGGUGGACAUUACUCCUCCAACAACAGGUCCUAUAUACAACAGCACCAUUGAUUACUUGGAACUGGUAGAUUGCAGUACAAAAAUAGUACCAACCGAUAGACCAGACUUCCAAAUUUGGUGUAGAGGUGAAAAUUCAGCAGUUAAAAAUCAUAGAGUGAUACAAGAUGGACCAGAAUCAUUGGCUGUUUUCAAUGGACCAAUAUUUAUGAAUGACAUGAUGUAUACGAGAGCGAAUAAUUAUAUCUCAGCAAACUGGGAUGGAUUUGAAGACAGGGAAAGUGGUCUUCUCUUUAUCACUAUAACUGUUGGAACUGAAAUCUGUGAAGAAACAAUCCACGAACAUCAUGAUCCACAUGCUCAUUUGUUUGACAUAUCUCAGUGGACACAUAGUGCUAUGAUAAGUCCUAUACCAGAACCUUAUACACAGCUCCCAGAUGACCAGUAUUUCAUUACAGUCAGAUCUAUGAAUGCAGUGAAAUAUGGAGGUCCCUUAGCAACAACUGUGUGCCACACAACCCCUUACAUCGUUGACAAUUCACCUCCAAUUAUAUAUGAGCUAUAUAAUAUUGGGUAUGAUGAAUUCCAGUAUAACCUGACCUUCAGACACAAUUCAUCUGAUCCAGAAUCUGGUAUAUUAUAUAAUGAUUGCUGUCUUGGACUAACCCAAAGAGACUGUUAUGAACUUUCGUGGACACGUCUGGAUUACAGUGAUUUUGUUUCGCUUACUGUGUCCAUUACAGCUGGUAUACCAAUAUGGGUCAAAAACAAAGCUAUUAAUAAUGUGGAUCUGAGAACAAUUAGAGCAGCAGACCAACCAAUCAUUGUUGACCCAACCCCUCCAAUUGCAGGCAAAGUUUAUGAUGGACAGACAUAUGGAGUUGAUCUUGCAUUCACAAAAGAUCCUGAUGUGAUAUGUGCCAACUGGCAAGGCUUCUUUGAUCCUGAAUCUGGAAUUUCAUUCUACAUGGUUAGUGUAGGAUCUGAACCAUUAGAAAAUGUAACAGACAUUUCUAACUUGACACAGGUCAACAAGAAGUCACAUGAGGCCUGCGUUCUUCUACAACCAGGGUUUUAUCUUGAACAUGGCAAGACUUACUAUACAUCAGUCUGGGCUUAUAAUGGAGCAGCAAGACAACUAAAUAUUUCAUCUAUUUCAAAUGGAGUUCUGGUUGAUUUAUCUGCUCCGGUGCCUGGGGAAGUUGUUGAUGGAUUGAUGGAUAAUUUUGGUGACUUAGACUUCACAUCAAGUCAGGCUAAAGUGGAAGCCCAGUGGAAGGAUUACUAUGACCCAGAGUCAACUAUCAAACAGUAUGAUGUACAAGUGUCCAGUGCUCAAAACAUGUCUAACGACUUCACAGUGAUUAGAGAAUGGGUGACAUUCAGUAACGAUUCCACCAGUGCUAGGUGGCUUAAUUUCCACUUGGCACACAGAGAUAGAAUCAAGAUAGAACUGAAAACAACAAACGGAGCUUUGAAUUCCAUCGUAAAUGAAACUGAUACAUAUGUUGUGGACUUAACUCCUCCAGCCCUGAGUUACCUUGGAGAUGGAUUGACACAGGGUGAUGAUAUAGACUUCCAGUCUGAUGCCACUUCCUUAAGUACAAAUUUCAAAUUUGAAGACAAUGAAUCUGGACUGGAUUACUAUAGAAUACAGAUUUAUGAGAAGUACCAGGGUACCAGAAGACAAAUUGUCCCAGUAACCAAUGGUGACUGGAUGGAUCUAUUGGGAAACCCAACAAGGACAUCCUACACUCACACAGGAAUGUCCCUGAACCUUGGGGCCGCUUACAGUGUCAGAGUUGGAUCCCUUAACAAAGCAGGACAUAUGUCAGUAUUUGAAACUGAUAGUGUUAGAGUGGAUACCUCAUCACCUUCUGUCAUGUGGUUGAAAGUAGGAACACUAGUCUCUGGUGUAGAGGAGAAAGUUGAUGGAUAUGUGUGGCAAGCCAAUACAAAAGGGAUCAAGGCAGCCUGGUUGGCUGUUGACCCUGAGUCUGGUAUUAUUGGGUAUGAAGUCGCUGUCGGAACUACUCCUGGUGGAACAGACAAACUAGGAUGGACAUUAUAUGGUGCAGAGAAUGAUGUAUAUAUAAAUGGUCUUAGUCUAGAUAUCACCAACCUUACUACCUACGAGCCUGUGUAUUACGUCAGUCUAAAGGCCCAGAAUGGAGCACAAUUACUCAGCUCAUCAAUUACGUCUACUCCUAUUGUUGUUGUUGAAGAGGACAGAGCAGGUCUUAUUGUUGAUGGUGCUGAUGGAACAGAUGGAAGCUCAUCAGAAUUAGGUGUGGAUGUAGACUACACAGUGGAUACCACCACUGUUACUAUACAGUUUGAUGGAUUUGAAAGUCACCUUCAUGGUGUGAUGAUGUAUGAGUGGGCCGUGGGUACCACACCUGGUGGGGAAGAGGUACAGCCAUUCAUGAGUGAGGGUAUUAUACAUUCAGAGGAAGAAAAUGUAGCAGGAGAUGGAGUAACAAGCUCUGGACAUGCCCAUGCCACAUUACCAUUGAAACCUGAGACCAUGUAUUACACCUCUGUCAGGGGAAUCACUAAUGGUGGAAAUGUUGUGCAGUCAUCUUCUGAUGGUUUUAUGGUUGAUGUUUCACCACCUUCGGUCAUAAUUGACAGGUUAACAGACAAGACAUCAUCAGAUCAGGACAUCACUAGCGGUAAUUCUUUGUACCAGACAACAACUGACUCACUGACAGCCCAGUGGACAUACAAUGACACAGAAAGUGGUAUAGAACGUGGAUGGUAUUCUGUAGGAACCUAUCCAUUUGCUCAGGACAUAGCCUCAAUGGUUGAGGUAGAGAUUUCAUCCAUGGAUUUUAGUACUUUACCAUUGGCUUACGUUACUGCUGUUGAUACAGGAAAACCUAAUAUCAUCAGUAUCUGGGCAGAGAACAAAGCUGGACUAGUAUCUGAAGUAGCUACAGGAUCAGUUAUCAUUGACAAAACUCCACCAGGAGAAGGCUUUGUCUCCUGUCCUGAUUAUGUUGGGUUGAAUGCUCCUAUAUUGUGUACAUGGCAUGGCUUCCUGGACAAACAGAGUCCUAUCCAGAAAUACAUCAUUACAAUGGGAAGCCAGCAAGGUUCAAAUAAUAUCUACAAUGGAACAGAGGUCCCAGGAUAUAUAAGUCAAUAUUCAAUUCAAGGUCUUGGUAACAAGUUACAUCAUGGUGAUAAAUACUAUGUGACAGUGACUGCAGUAAACUUUGUUGAUAUGGAGGCUUAUGCUUUCUCUUCUGAGAUUGGUAUAGACUCGACUCCACCAACCUACGGUAAAGUGAUUGACUUACACACCACAUACAGGGUAGAUGUCACCAACACUGAGAUGACAUUAGCUAUGAAUGCAAAGAAAUGUGACACAGAUGAUGAAUGUGAUUUGCUGGAUGCCACUUGUUCUGAGUCUAUGACUUCAGUGUCAGCCACGUGGCAAGCAUUCCAAGAUCCAGAAUCUGGAGUACAAAGGUACCAGAUAGCUCUGGGAACAACACCUGGUGGUGGACAAAUCAAACCUUUCUUUGACAUAGAUUUAGAAGAUGGUGUCAGAUCGUAUACAAUUGGUGGUCUCAAUCUUGUUGGUUAUAGAGUGGUUUAUGUUUCUGUGAAAGGAAUCAAUGGAGCUAGUCUGACAAGUGUUGCAACAGCCAAUGGACUCUAUAUGUCAUACCUCAGUCAGGGAAUGGCCCCUCUUAGUCAUGUGGGAGUCAAUGAUGUAUUGGAGAAUUCUGUAGGAGAUGUUCAGUUCCAGUCUGGUGAUGAUACUUACAGAGCAUCAUGGGAUAUGUCAGGUGACCCAUGUCCAGUUACAAACUACGAAUGGAAGAUCCAAAGACUUGAUGGUCUUGUUAUUCAAGACUGGCUUCAAAUGAAUUUGAAUACUGAUGGCAUGACAGAUGGGUUGUCUUUGGAAAAUGGAAAAAUGUACUACUCUUUAGUACAGGUGACCAAUAAAUUGAAUUACACUUACAUUCUAAGAUCAGAUGGUGUCACUAUUGAGAAAAAUCCACUAUUACCAGGAAAGGUGUUUGAUGGAGAUGUAACUGGCUAUGAUAUUAACUACUUACCAUCAAAUAAAAUUGUUUAUGCAAACUGGGAUGGAUUUGGUUUACCUGCUGAUGCCAUGAAACAAGUGGAUGUGUUAUCAGGAAACCCUGGAUUGCAAGUGGACCAGGCACAGUUGGAUUCACAAGAUCCUAAUCAGGAAGUAGUGUUCUAUGAGGUUGCUGUGGGGACAGACAGAAGAUUCCCCAAGACCAGGGAUGAUGUUGUUCCAUAUACAAAUGUGGGACUAAACAAAACUACCAUUUUCUAUGACCUUGAGUUGACCCCAAUUACUGGUAUCUACUAUUUUACAGUGAAGGCAUACAGUGCCUCAUACUCUGUGGCAACAGUCACGUCAAAUGGUUUCAGGGUCGGAUUUGAUGGAGGAGUCACCGGUGGAGCUUUUGUGAUGGAGAAAUUCAUUGCUACAGACACAUAUUUAGAUAUUCAGUUUGAAGGAUUUACUUCCAAGUUAGAUAUCUUGAUGUACUACGUAGCUUUGUCAAACAACUCUGAUGCCAAUAACACUAACUGUAAAGCAUAUAUUGAUGGUGGUUCAGCUACAGUUGAAGAGAAGAAACAAUUAUUUACAGAUUAUGAUGUCACCAAUAUAAACAAGUACACUGUUACAACAAUCAGAGGUCUCAAUCUGACACAGGGAGCUACCUAUUAUGUGUAUGCUAUGGGUGCUGAUAAAUCUGGAGCUUGUGGAAUGGUCAUGCAUGAAUUUAUUGUGGACUCAACACCACCAGACAUGGGCAGGAUAAAAACUGGACCCUAUUAUGAUAUGGUUGUGACAUACACUCAAGCCAAUACAUCAGUAUAUGUGUAUUGGGAGGGAUAUGUUGACGAUGUUUCUGAUAUAGCCACAUAUCAAGUAUCAAUCUGGAGAAAUAAAUCAUGUUCAGAAGUUGCUGAGUCUGAAAUGGUCGUUAGCUGGAUUACCUUGUCAAAUAAUUAUACAGAUUAUAGUUUCAUAGAUCUAACUCUUAAUAAAUCAGAACCACUAAGUGUGAAGUUUAUCAUCACAAACGGAGCAGGCCUCUCCAUAACAGAUGAAUCAGUACCAAUACUAUUAGACAUGACCAAACCAACUCCUGGAAAAGUUGUUGAUGGCUGGGAUUUUAAGAAGGAUCGUGUUUGGUUUAAUUCUCCCAACAGUGCCAAAGGAUCUAUUCUGCAUAUGGCAACUCCAUUUGGAGUAGCGUGUCCUACACGUCCAGUAUCAAUUGUAAACGAUACCAACUGGAAGAUGCUUCAGCAAAUAGGCUUCAGAGAUCCUAAAGGACAGGAUUGGCCCAUUAAGAUGCGUACAGAAAAUCUUGGAAAGGAAAUCUUUGAUGAUGAGCUUUGGAUCAAGUUGGCAAGAGAUACAAAUUUGAACACUAUGUAUUCGGGAGGAUACUACAGAAAAGCUGACUAUGAAAGAGGAGGAGAAUGGGAGUUUGAAAUAAAGGCUGCCAGUGGUGAAGGUAUGGCUGCAACGUCUGUGAUGUUAUGGGAUGGACCAGAAGGGGAAAUUAUGCCAUACGAUCAUGUUCCAGAGGCUGACUGGGCUUCCACAGCCUGUUAUUGCUGUUUUGAGAAUCCUAUUCCACCAACAUGCACUGCCUGUAACUGUACAGCAUAUUUAGCUGCAAAGUUUGGUAACGGUACAGUAGUCGCACCAACAACUGAAGCUGCUCCUGUUGUUAAUAAUGGCACCUCAUCUCCAUACCAUGUAGUAGAAAACCCUACAGGUGGGGCUGUCACCUCACCUAUUGAUUUAUCAACACAGCCUGCCCGAGCGUCAUGUGGUAUUGAAAUCUUUGCAGGUGAUGAUCCACAUGUUGUAACAUGGUGUAGAAUCUUCAAUGAUACAUUACCCCCACAAGUGGUAGAAGAUGUCCUAACUUUUGACCCAUCAGUGGAUUUCCAUACUUACAAGAUUGCUGUUGACUUUGAAGCUGACGAAGCUGUGAAUCCAUCAUUGUGCUUCUAUUUGUAUGUGGAUGGUGUAUUAUGGAGUAAAAUAUGUGGCAUACGGGAUCUGAGUACAGACACAGACCUAAUCUUCCAUGUUUUCCCUAAAAACAAUUAUUUACCACCAGUUGUUGACAGUUUUAAUCCCUACUCCACCAAGGCAUUCUUCCGAAAUGUUGUUUUACCUCCUGAACCAGGAGCACAUUGCAGAUAUGGUGCUCCAUUCCGUGGCGGGACAAACCCAAUAGUUAAGUACGAAAUUGGUAUCGGAACUACGAUAUUAGGCACAGAGAUUGUUCCUUAUAAAGAAAUGAUAUCACCGUGUCUCCCAUGUUAUAACUAUUGUUCACGUUACAAUUGUAAUUCAACGUGUGAUGCUGAGGAACAUGUGUUAUACCAGUUUAUGCUUGACAACUUUACUCUGCCAGCUACAAGAAUGGAGGACAAUGAGACUAAAACAAUAGAUUAUUAUUUCACAGUGAAAGCUGUGCUUGGUUCUGGUGUUACAACUGUUGUGUCUUCAGAUGGAUUUUACAUUGACGAUACACCACCAAUAUAUGAUCCUGAUGUGAUGGGCAGUGAUAUUUAUAUUGAUGUAGAUCAAGGGGAGUUCACUCCUGUCAGAUAUCAGGGAUCCAACAGCACCAUAAAGGCAUUCUGGAGAUGUUUUGAUGAAGAGAGUGAUAUUGUGGAAAAUCAGUGGGCCAUAGGAACAACAGUUGGCGGACAAGAGCUACAGGAAUAUGAGUCUAUAGGCACCAAUCAAACUGCCAUUAACAGUACAUUUGAAGGCAUCUUGGAACACAAUACCACAUACUAUGUAUCUCUGAUCUGUGAGAACGGUGCUGGACAUGUUGUGAGCUACAAUGAUACUAAAGGUGUAAUUGUACUUUUGGAGGAUCCAAUAGAUGAUGUAAAUACCACUAUACCUGGUGCUACCCAGUUAUCAGCUGAUGUCACUCCAAAAGAUUCUCUGCAGAGUACUGAUCCAACCAAACUAGGUGUUGAAUUUAGUCUUAGUCAUGACGAUGCAGUCAAUAGAUAUGAUUUGUGCUGUGGAACAGAUGAAGAAAAAGAGGACAUUUUCCCAUGUACUUGGGUAGGAUACAAUGUUUCUGGUACAAUCAUGAUUGAAGAUGGAUACGUGAGAAUUAAUGGUGUAAAUAUAAGACGAUUAUCUGAAUUAAACCCUGUGCAAAAUACAAGUUUGUCUGAAGCAGACCGUCUCUCCAGUGCCAAUAAUGUAUUCAACAUGGAGCCAGGACGUACUGUGUUUAUGAUGAUGAGGUUAUGUAAUGCAGCCAUGAGAUGUAUUAACAAGACAAUGGGAAGUGUCAUUAUAACCAAUGCCAAUACUGAUCUAGAAACAUCACUCAAUGGAUUGGCCAUUACGAUAUCAGUCUCCUCAAGUUCUGGUAGAAGGAAGAAGAGAGCUGUAGGAGAUGAUUUAGUCAUUGUUACACCAAGUAAUUUGACUUCUGGACACAGUACAACCUUUACAAUCCUUACACAAAACGAGUUAACAGCAACCUAUGACUCUGCAGCAUCAACAGAUUUUGUUCCUUAUAUUGUUGAUCCAUCUACUACAACUGAUUUAGUGGAUAGAACUCUGCUUGGAAGAUUCUAUGGAAGUGAAUUUGCCUUUGCCUUUGUAUCUGUGGGACAUAUUAUGAUGCCUGGACCUAUUCUGAUGACAUACAGUGAUGUUGCUGGACCAGGACCCCAUGAUUCUGGCAAUAGGACAAUAUUGACACACUGGAAUCCAGUGAGACAAGUGUGGGAGGAGUCUAGUAGAACAUGUAAUGAAACAGAUACUGAGGUCUUCAAUAAUGAUGGUACUGUCACUGUCAAGGUAUGCAACACUUGGAGAGAUUUAACAGAAGGUGCAGUCAAUGAUCCAUACUUCAAACAUGAGACAAUGUUUUCUCUGGCAAGUGCCAAAGCAUCCAUUACAAAUUCAGAACCCCAACUUACAGUACCAGAUGUAAUCUAUAUGUCAGAAGAUGCAGGUACAAUACAGUACCAGUUGGAAGCUACAGAUGAUGAGGGGGAUACAAUUGAGUUCUAUCUGGUUGGUAACUACACUAACUAUACCAUGGGAACACCAAUCCUGUCUGUUGAUGGAAUACUGCUGUUCACACCUUGUGAUAACUGUCAGGGUAUUCAGACAUUCCCAGUCAUCUUACAGGAAGUUCAAACUGAUCCAGUUAUUCCACCAAAUAAUGUAACAGUAUGGCUGACUGUUAAUGUAACAGAUAUAGCAGAUCCACCAACUAUCUUCCUCACUUUAUUAGGAGAAUCACAACUACCAGCAGAUCCUACGGAACCAGUUUUGGUUUAUCUGGAACAGAAGAAUGAUUGGAAUGAACAUGUCUGGUCACCAUCAUGGUAUGCAUUACUAGGAGCUUAUGAUGUUGAAUCAGGGGAUACACUACUGCUUAAUGUCCAGGAACCAGUCGGUGGAGUUAUGAAUAUCACAGACAAUUCAACAAGUAUACCCACCAUUGCAAAUCCAUGUCCAAAUGUAACAGAAAGGACUGAUAAUUUGAUGUUCCCAUGUGACCUCUCACUAUUGAAGCCAGUAAACGAGCAUGAAUGGAACUACAUGAAAUUGGCAUACGUACAGAACUAUUCCUUCUCAGGCUAUGAUGAGGCUAAAGUUUACUUCUCAGACUCUAAUGGUGCCUUGUCACGUCUAGUUACCAUACAGUUCACGGUGAUGGAGUCACCAUGUCGCAAUGAAGGAGAAUGUGAACCAAAGAAUCGCAGUAUAUCAUAUCCAUGUGAACACUACCGUAGGGCUUCAGAAAGUUUUGAUAUCAACUACAACUGCAUAUGUGCCUCUGGUUGGACUGGUAUCCAUUGUGAAGAGAAUAUCAACGAGUGUAUUAGCUCCCCUUGUCCAGACCCAUUUGCAUGUUAUGACUACAUUGAUUAUUACGAGUGUGCAUGUCCUGAAGAUAAUCCAAACUGUUUGUUGCGUCCAUGGAUGAUUGCCCUGAUCAUCAUUGGCAUAUUACUAAUUGUAGUGAUCGUACUGUUAAUAGUUUACAGAUGGAAGAGAAGAGAGAGUCAUAUACCAUGGGUUGAGAAGUACAUCUUAUGUCAAGGUGGUGACACCGCCAACUCGUAUGGAUCACAAGCCUCUCUUGGGGAUUUCAUGGGUGAUUCGGAUCGAAUGUCAGCUGACAACCCUUCAUUUGAUUUUAACAAUCCAGAUAAAACGGACUUCCCUCCAAAAGAUGAUUGGAAAAUUGAGAAACGUCAUAUGAUGUCUUCAUUUGAUCCUUUGAUAGCUAGUUCUGGUCCAAAAAUUGCUCCACAUCCAUCUGAAGUUGUUGAGCCCAAUCUGUCAGCAGACCUUGAUGCCAUGUCAAAUAAUGGACCUAAACCAGGGUCCUCAGGAUCUGGUACUUCCACACCACAACCCAUGUCCAAGAAUGCUGCCCGAUGGGCUCCAGCAUCCAAUGGAGGAUCCCCAGGUCCAUCAGGCCAAAAUACACCUCCCUCUAAUGGAUCUGAGGAUGAUCGGUCAUCUGGAAGUAAAUCUCCAUAUCGUGUCAGUGACAGUCAGACGUCCACGGCAGACCCUGGUAAAAUAUCAGUAUAUGACGGAACAAUGACACCAAUACUUUGAGGAAUUUCAUCACAACUGAUUCAUUUUAAUGGACAAUGGAAACUGAACAUGGACAAAUAUUAUUUAUUUAUUAUUUCUGUCUAUUAUCUAAAUUUCUGUUUAAAAUUUUCUUUUCUUGAUAGGAUAUUAUGAUAUUUUGACUUUUAUUUUUCCUGAAAAUGACAUUUUAUAUUUUGAGAUAAACGAAAUCCGUCCAGUUGGGUAUUUUUAUGUGAUGAAUAUCUGUCCACAAAUUCAAUUAAGUUAUUUGAUAUAUUUUGUAUAUAUAUAUAUUUAAUGUUUUAUGAACAAAAUUAAUUUAAUUUUCAUAUACAUGUACUACAGCAAAAUACAAUUUUACAUAGAUAUAUUUUUAUAUAAUUAUUUUUUAAUGUAUGGUUCAGAAAUUAAAAAAAAUAGGACUGUGAUACAUUUUAUACUUUUUAGUAUAAAUAAAACUUUACUAUU